AGCGCGGUAACGGGGAUCUCGCUGUGGGCUUUUAACUUGCAAGGCUUGUGCGGCUCCUCCGGGGAGGCGGGAAGGAGAAAACGGCCGACAGUCCCCCUCCUCCCGCCAAGGACCAACGGCUUCAGCUGGCGCAGGGGCCGCGUCCGGAGAUAGAGCGGGUAUCGCCGGCGGGAGCGGCCUCGCCCGGGGAGAUAAACCUCCUUCGGGCCUCUGCUCCGAGAUAACCGCCUUCGUUCGGGUAGCACGUUCUGGGAAGAAUUCUGCGCCUUCGAGAAGGCAAAGGGAUGCAGGCGGGCGUGCUGCUCUCGCUUUCUCUAACCUGAGGCUCUUGUCACGCUUUGCAAAGGGAAGCGGCUGCUUAUGCUCGUUUUGUAUUUAAGGAAACUACAGUGCUGAGAACAAAGUUAAUUGCCCCGGGCUACACAGCUCAUUGGUGGGAGAAAAGCUGAAACUCACCUGCGGUUGCUUGAGUCUGCUGCUGCUUGUGUGCAGAAUGAGACUCUGCCAGUGUAAUUCUGUUUAUAUUUUACUUGCUUCUGCUGUUCUUAUGCAAGUGAAAGUUCUUCCUGCACUUCACUGCUUUAAGAUCUAUGGCUUGCUGUGCAUGCAGGUCUAAGCUGUUACUUCUGUUUAUUUGUUUGUUUGUUUGCCCAUAAAACCUCUACGUAGAGCUCUGAUCUUACAGAGCGUAAAGAACUCGUAUUUGCCAACAGCUAUAGAUUUCCCAGUGGCACAGUGAAAUCCUACUGGCUUCUCUCAAAACUUGCAGUAUUGGUAAAAUUCAUACUCUUAGAAAAAGCAGAGGGUGCCCAGCGUGCGAUGUGACUUGUUCUUUCGUUGCUGAGCAACAGGAGGAUGUUUUAGCUUGCCUUUCCGCCUGCUUGUUCAGGAGCGGGUGUCUUCCAGCAGUCACGAUCUGCUAGGUGAAACCAAGCGCCUCAAAGUUAAUAGGUAAAUGCCGUCUAUGAAUAAAGGCGCUGAGGUGGUAUCGAGACAUGGAAAUUCUGUGUGGAACAGGCAGUGACCUUGAUAACACAGCUGGAAGUAGAGUGCAAAUCCUAAUAGUCUUCUGCUCUAAUUCCUCUUCCUAACUCAAUAAAUUCUUUGCUUUGCCUUGUCAGUGCUUGGAUCACAGCAGCGCUGGACACAGCGAGAUGUGAUUUUUGCCACUUAGUCGAUUAAAUAAGUUCUUUGGUGAAAUGUUCUGGUCGUGCUAUGAGUUCACCUGGUUCAAGGAGUUUGUAAACGUGAACGAUUUUACUCAGGGCUACUCAUUUUUAAUGCUUUCGAUUUAGACAAUGUAGUGGUCACGCGUGCCUGGCCAUCGAAGAAUGGCAAACUCCUCUCUAAGUACCGUACAGUUGAUGUGCUUUCUGUAUAUGGCUUUGCUUUCUGCUUCGUUGCAGCUGGCCCGGAUUCAAACUGACAGCGUCGUCGAGAUGCUCCGUGAGCUAUACCCUGACCUCCACUUUGAGAUCGUUGCCAUGUCCACGACUGGAGACAAGAUCUUGGAUACAGCGCUUUCCAAGAUUGGGGAGAAGAGCCUCUUCACCAAAGAGCUGGAAAAUGCACUUGAAAGAAAUGAAGUUGACCUCGUGGUUCACUCCUUGAAGGACCUGCCAACUUCUCUUCCUCCCGGGUUCACCAUUGGUGCUGUCUGCAAAAGGGAAAACCCACUUGAUGCUGUCGUCUUUCAUCCCAAAAACUGCGGGAAAACACUGAGCCUCCUUCCUGAAAAGAGCGUGAUUGGAACCAGUUCACUUCGCAGAGCAGCCCAGCUGAAAAAGAAGUUCCCUCAGUUAGAAUUCAGGGAUAUUAGAGGGAAUUUAAAUACCCGCUUAAAGAAGCUAGAUGAGAAGGAGGACUUCAGUGCCAUCAUCCUGGCAGCUGCUGGGCUGAAGAGAAUGGGCUGGGAAAAUCGCAUCGGCCAGCUCCUAAGCCCUGAAGAUUGUCUGUACGCCGUCGGACAGGGUGCCUUAGCGGUGGAAGUUCGUGCCAAAGACCAAGAGAUACUGAAUAUGGUAUCUGCCCUGCACGACGCGGACACCGUGUUAUGCUGCAUUGCCGAGAGAGCCUUUAUGAAACGUUUGGAGGGCGGAUGUAGCGUUCCUGUCGCCGUCAACACCGUGCUGAAAGAUGGCCAGUUGUAUUUGACAGGAGCGGUCUACAGUUUGGACGGAUCUGAUAGCCUGAAGGAGACAAUGCAGACCGGCGUUCAUUAUCCCCAACAGAACGAAGAUGGACCAAAUGAUGAUGUGCAGCGCGUUGGCAUCACAGCCAAGAACGUCCCUGGUCAGGCCCAAGAGGCUGCAGAGAACCUUGGGGUUGAAGUAGCCAGUUUACUUCUGAGCAAGGGAGCGAAGCACAUCCUGAGCGUGGCGCGGCAGCUCAAUGACACCCGCUAAACCUGCGGAGCAUUGGCACGAGCGCUACGACUCCAGCAAGUCUUCACAGCUACGCUAUCGUCCUCCUCUGGAGGAAGGGAUUUAUUUAAACGUGAACCGGUCUUACUGGAUGUUUGGGCACACAAACUUGAAAUACUAAGCUAGCUAACUGGAGUAGUUUAUGCUGGUCAGGAUUUUGAUCCCGUUAUGCAUUUCUCGAAAUCGCAAAGUGUCUCUGUGAAGGUUUUUGAAGAAUUAUUGUAGCUAGAAAGUUAAACGAAUUUUAAAAAGUCUGUAAGUGUUCUCCUAUUCCAUUUAGGAGUAAGGCACUCGUUACAAAUUACCGUGAGACACAAGGUGACGGUGCUGAAGUACUUUGAGUAGUCAAUUUUAUUUGGGCCUGUUCACCCAUCUGAAUGCUGAAGAGGAAGAUUGCUAUUAGGUUCCCAAUACCGGGUUCCUCAUAGUAAGGUAGCACAGAUGCUGUGUCCACCGUAGGUUAAGGUAAGGAAUUAAGUUUGCAGUUACCAGAUGUAAAUUUGUCAAUUGGCCAGUAAUAGAUGGGGAAAUAACCAGCCAGCCAGUCUGGUUUCCCUUGCACACUUACCUACGAGGAUAAUCUGACGGCCGCUCCUCUGUGCCAACCGGGAGCUGAAGAGGAGGCCCGUAUUCAGGCUAUAGUGCCUUUCUCUGCAACUGUUUAUACCUUUUCCUGGAAACCGGGUACCGUUUCCAGUAUGGGCUCGCUCUCCUCUCAGCAGGGCUUAUGCCUUACAGUGCCUUGUAGAAACACUGAAACGGCACCUUACUGGGGUCCCGUUUUGGAAAUGAAGUGUUUUAUUCUCUAUGCAAUGUCCGUUGAAUGUAACAGGCGAUAAAUACAGUGAAAUUACAUGCGC